GUUGUGCGUGGGUAAGAAUGGGGAGCGAAGAGGAGAACGGAGAAUUCUACCUGAGAUACUACGUUGGGCACAAGGGCAAGUUCGGACACGAGUUUUUGGAGUUCGAGUUCAGACCCGAUGGCAAGCUCCGUUACGCCAACAACUCCAACUACAAAAACGACACCAUCAUCCGCAAGGAGGUUUACCUCACUCCUGCCGUUCUUCGCGAGUGCCGUCGUAUCAUUACCGAAAGCGAGAUCAUGAAGGAAGAUGAUAACAACUGGCCGGAACCCGAUCGAGUUGGACGCCAGGAGUUGGAGAUUGUGAUGGGGAAUGAGCACAUCUCUUUCACCACUUCAAAGAUUGGAUCACUUGUGGAUGUUCAGAGCAGUGCAGAUCCAGAAGGUCUUCGUAUCUUCUACUAUCUUGUUCAGGAUUUGAAGUGCUUUGUCUUCUCUCUAAUUUCACUUCACUUCAAGAUCAAGCCUAUAUAAGAUGUAGACAUUUGCAAUGUUGUGUAUUCAUCCUCUCGUGGAAUGUCUACAUGUUUAACUAAGUAUCCGUUUUUGCUAAUGGAGUUGGACAUCUGAUAGAGUGACAUGCAUUACACUCGUGAAUAUGAUUUGGUCUGUAUUGGUGGUUACAUGAAUUAGGAAACUUCAGAUUUGAGUGAAUGACUCUUGUUCCAAAAUGUUGGCAGGAUUGGUAGUACAAAGGUUGGUUGGAUUGGUUUUUAUGCAGCGUUUAGUUAUUCCCUCUUUUUCCCCUUGCUUCUAUGGUGGAGCAUCUAAAAUGUUACAUUGGGAGUUGCUUCUGUGUGUAUCAAAUGCGUACGUGCAAGAAUUUAUCAGGAUUUCCUUAACCAUCCAGAAUGCUUGCAGCAAGUACUGAUGAUAUCUUCUAUAUUUAGCCCAUGGUUGCUAAUUUAGAGCAAUAUUCCAUUAUUUUUCGAAUACGCACCUCGUUGGAAAAAAAGAAAAAAGAAUAAGCACUUUGUUUCUCCAUCGUGGUUUUGCCUUUUUAAGAUCAAGUGGUUUACCUUGCACGUCCCAUGGUGUAGAAAAGUUGUCACAUGUACAAAUAUAAAAAUUUUAUUAAAACAUUUUUAUUUAAAUAUCUAACUUUUUUUUUUAAAUUACUAAAUAACAAUUUGAAGGGAUUAUCUCAGUUGGAGAACCCUAUCGUAUUUCUUAAUAGUGUUGUAUUAUAUUGGUUAAUUUAGGCACCUCAAAUUGAUUAGAAAUAUAAAUAAGUGAUUAAUUCGAUUUAUUACUGGUUAAUUGUGUGCACCUCAAAACAGCUGGAAAAAAAAAUAUUUUGUCUUGCUAGGACCAUUCUUUCCUCUUUUUUGGGUGCAUCUGGGCCGGGAACCUGCUUGACCCUUCGUUUCAGGCAAAAAAGUUGCCCAAUGCCCACACUUUCUUCCAUAUGAACAUAUGCCGACCAGAUGUCAUUUCAAAGGUCAGCUUGAUAGUUAUGUUUAAGUCUCACUUGAAAAUAUAGAAGUACCUUGCACAGACCCCAACCAAGUAAUGCUUUUCUAAACCUUUCAGUUUGAGUUUAGGGAGUAGAAUUUUGAACUCAAUCUAACCCAUCUUGCAAUUUAGUAUCCAUAUCCGUAGUGCUAAACCUUAACAAUGAUCAGCGCCCAACCCUAUGACCAAAUAAAUUAUAAGCA